AUGUCUCAAAUAGAAAUGCCAUCUGUUCAAAGAAAGUCUGAAGAUUCCAUAAGAUCAUUAAGACAUGUUGAUUUUAGGCCAAUGAAAGUUUUAUAUAAUAAUGAUUAUUCAAACAAUUAUAUUCAUUCAAAUUCAUAUCCACAGAAACAUGUGACUAAUAUAGAAAAUACAGUUGAAGGCUAUCCAAAGCUACAAAAAUUGUUUAAAGAAAAAUCUAGACAAAUUGCUAACUAUGCAACAAAGCCAUAUGGUUGUAAAGUUGAUAUAGAUGAAAUGAUUCCAACAUUAAAUAAAUGGAUACAGAAUGAUAAACUAUCAUUUGAUGUAGUGAUGAUUGGAUGUCUUACUGAUAAUCAACUUAUUUAUCCUCUGCUGACUCAGUUGCCUUUGGAUAAACUCAUAUCAAAACCAGGUUUUUUAUUUAUUUGGGCAAGUGUUCAUAAGAUAAACGAGUUAAGUAAACUUUUAAAUAACGAAAUUUGGGCUAAAAAAUUUAGACGGAGUGAAGAAUUAAUAUUUGUUCCCAUUGAUAAAAAUUCUCCAUUUUACCCAGGACUAGAUGUUGAUGAUUCAUCAGUCCUAGAAAAGAUGCAAUGGCACUGCUGGAUGUGUAUCACUGGUACUGUUAGACGUUCUACUGAUGGACAUUUAAUCCAUUGUAAUGUUGAUACCGAUUUAACUAUUGAGACUAAAGAGACAUGUAAUAGCGCAGUGCCCUCCCAUCUAUAUAAAAUUGCAGAAAAUUUUUCAACUGCCACUAGAAGACUGCAUAUUAUACCAGCUAGGACUGGGUUUGAGACUCCAGUUAGGUUGAGACCUGGUUGGGUGAUUAUGAGUCCAGAUAUUUUGAUGAAUAAUUUCAGGCCUAAGAAAUACAAAAGUGAUAUUGCAAAGAUUGGUUAUAAUGUCCCAUUAAAAAAUGAGAUUGAGAUCCUUAGACCAAAAAGUCCUGUGUCUAAAUAA